UCAGAUAGCUUUCCCCAACCUAAUUGCUUUAGAAUGUUCAGCUGCUUCUCUAACUGCCAAUUACACUUUUAAACUCUGGCACAUGCUCAUUUACAUAUGACCAAUCCGGUCGCUGCUAUGUAAAUCAGCUCCUCUCUUAAUAUCAGAUUCUGAGUGCUACAAAAUGGCGGUUCACACACCAACCCUGCAAGGAUGAAUAACAUGGACAUAACUACUAGGACAAGAUUUUUCUACAAACCUUGCUGCCAACUCUGUUCUAGCCAGAGCCCGAAAGCAGCCGCUGAGGAGCCCAAGCUGGAGCCGGAGCCUGGCCCAGGACUCAUCAAAGAGCCACCACCGGAGCUGCCAAAGAAGCUGCCCAAGACGAAGGGAGAAGCUGCUGCCAAGAUGGUGAAGGUCAUCGGAAACCUGGUGAAAUUCCAAUCAGAACUAGAUAGUACUGCAGGGAAACUCAUAGUCAUUGACUUCUCUAUCACAUGGUGUGGACCAUGCAAAAUGAUCAAGCCCUUCUUCUAUAGUCUUGUUGAGAAAUAUAAAUAUGUCAUAUUCAUUGAAAUUGAUGUGGAUGAUGUUCAGGAUGUUGCUGCACAUAGUGAAGUGAAGUCCACAACAUUCCAGUUCUACAAAAACAAGGAAAAAGUGCAUGAAUUUUCCAGAGCAGACAACGAAAGGCUGGAAGAAACCAUUAAGAAGCUAAAAUAACCAUUCUUUCUGGCUCAUUAAAUGCAACUAUUAAGUUAUGGCCUUUUCUACAUAAACUGACGAAGUUAGCAUAUGUAUCCAAAUAGACUUUGACUCUUCAGACGAUGUUGUUCUGGUUUGUUGUUGGUAGACAUACAUUUCCUUUUAUCAUUCAGUGGAUGUUGUUAUGUUUUAUGGAUAUGAUAUUUAAUAAACAUGAAGCUGAAAUGAAUAAUUUUAUAAUUUUUCCCACAAUAAUUGCAAACAUUUUAAUAAAGUAUUUUGUGGCCUGUCUGAAUUUCUCCUCCCAAAAAUGUUUAUCA